AUGCCAGAGAACCCUGGAUCUAGCGCUAGUCCAGCUCGCAACCUGCCUCCCCCAAUGAACGCAACGCCGUCGCGAGAUGGCCACCGCCAGCCAGAAGCAGUGCAGACGCCCAAGGCUCAGACGGUUCCUGUAACGGAAUGGACCGUCCCGACGCUCGCCAAACAGCUCACAGCCUUCAACCAGGAAGUUCGGAGAGACCACGCAUCGCUCGUCGCCCACGCCAUUGAGUCUGCCAAAUGCAGAGAGUGGCGCACGCAUCAUGGACUGGAUCUCUUUCGCGAGCUGGAGACUCAUCCGAAUCCAGAGCUCAAGGGGAAGCAAAUUAAAAUCAAAUUCAAGCACCACAACAAAAACAAAAAGGAUCACAAGGAUGUUCGCUACAACGUGGUUUGCAUCAAAACCAACAAGGACGCUGUCCCAUCUUACAGAUUUCACCACGUGGAAAUUAAGAAGAACGUGCUGAUGCCAAACACCAUGCUGACAUUUGUUCCACAUCUGCGCGAUCUCGAAGGCUCUGAAGAGGCCAAGUACAACCUUUGGCUUAAAGAAUUGGAGGACAUUGAUCUCAAAUCAGGCUUCAAACCCAUGAACCGCGACGAAAAAUUCGUUGCAAUCAUCCAGGCCGAGCGCGCGGCGACUCUUUCGCUUUAUCUGGAUAUGUGGCUUAAGAAGCUCAAUAUACCACUCUGCAACAAAUCCACUCUCAUCAGCUACAUGGCAAGCCAGGCAUCCGAUGACGCGAUAACUCCCCAGCAAAAGACGGAUAUUAUCAGAUCCCAAGGAGAUGGAAACAGGAUGACUCCAGAAGCGCGCAGGGCGGCAGAGAUGUUCACCGCUGCAUUUCAGCUAGCCUUUAAGGAAAAUCAACCGCAGUUGAAGCAGAUCGAGUUGCGCAAGGUGCUAUUUCUCGACGAGUCUGUCGAUAGUGUCAUGGACAAUAAGCCUGCGGCCAAGGACGUUUCCAUCAUCCAGCAAGAUAGCGAAGAUGAGGUUGUCGAGUCCAAUCUGGCCACAUACUGCAUUCUGGGGUGCCUUAUCUGCUUCAGUCAUUCUUGCGAUCACGGCGAGUACGACCACCAAAACUGGAAACGCACUUUUUCCUUGUCGUCUUGCGCGCCGUUGUCAGAUAUUUUGAAGAGGAAACGAAUAGCAGCAGCAGGCGCUAAUAUGAUUGCUGACGUGCCCUGUCAGCGAAGGUGCUAUCGUCUAAAAAUCCCCCCUGAUCCAAGUGUGACGGUGAAACCAUGGACUGAAGACGAGCGCACUCUCCUGCGGUCUUUGUAUAUCACGACCGAUUUCAGCAAAACUACAAUGGACCCCAUCUGCCUCGCGACUGAAUUCUUGAACCGCAACUGCGAUGAGGUGUACGCGGAAUUUCUUUCCCUCAACAUCAUGAUACCUGAACCGGAACCUACAGAACCCCCUCGUCCGCGACAUAUUGGAUGGUAUGACCGCAAGCGAAAGAUGCUCCUCGGAGACUGGCAGGACCAUACCAUCACUCACGAACAUCAGCGGCGUGAAUUACUUGAACCAUGCUCUCACGAUGGUCCAUGCGCCCCAAAAAUAUGCUCGUGUGUGGAUGCCGGAGUUUUGUGCGAGAGGUUCUGCGGGUGCACCGAAGCAAACUGCCUUUACAAGUUCACAGGGUGUGCGUGUCACUCUCAGGGCAAGACGUGUCUUUCCAAACAGAAAGAAAAGCCCUGUAUAUGCGUGCAGCUCAACCGUGAGUGUGAUCCGCAACUGUGCGGUUCAUGCGGCGCCUUUGAACGUGCCGAUCCUGCCAACGCCGAAGACGAAUGGCUGCACUCUACGGGAUGCCAAAACUGUGACUUGCAGCGCGGACGACACAAGACUCUCCUUCUCGGACAAAGUCAACUUGAAGGGGUUGGUUACGGACUGUUUACCGCCGAGGAUAUUGCUCAGGACGAAUUCAUCGUCGAGUACGUUGGGGAGCUGAUCACCCACGACGAGGGUGUCCGUCGCGAAGCAAGGCGUGGCGACGUGUUUGACGAAGACUCCAACAUAUCAUACGUAUUUACUCUGCUCGAAAACGAGGGUAUUUGGGUUGACGCAGCCAUCUACGGCAACCUGAGUCGAUACAUCAAUCACGCUUCGGAACACGACACGCGGGGAUGCAACAUCACUCCGCGCAUUCUCUAUGUAAACGGCGAGUUCCGAAUCAAAUUUACUGCUCUCAGGGAUAUCAAGGCCGGAGAGGAGCUCUUUUUCAACUACGGAGAGAACUUUCCCAAUCUUACCAAGAAACUGCUUGAUAAUAAGUCUGGAGAGAAGCCAGGAGGGCCAAGAAAGGCUGGUCGACCAAAGCGUGCCGAAACUGGCGAUCGAGUUGCACGUAAAGUACCCAAGAUCGAACACAAAAAGGUGGGAAGGCCAAAAUCGAAAAAGAAGAAGGAGACGACAGUGAGGACUACUACUACUACGACGACUACGACGACGACUACUUUGAUGGAAGCAAUGACGGUCUCGGAUGAAGAUUCUGCGGCUGUCCAGCAAAUGAUGGAAGAGACUCUUACUCGCAAGCGAAAGCGUCACACGCUGAUCGACUCAGAGGAGGAGGAAUAUCACCCACCUAGCACGAACGCAACGUCAUUUGUAGCUGAAUCGGGUGUUGACUCCGAAGGAGGGGAUCUUCUUGGUUCGAAGCGGCUUCGGAAGACAACUAGAUCACAGAGAGUCAAUCAGCCCGAAACACCAUCAUCCCAGGCUGUGAAAGGAGAGGAGCCGAAACCUCGAGGCAAACGAGGAGGAGCCCGACCUGGUAGCGGGCGACCUAGAAAGCACCCUCGGAUCAUCCAAAGGCCAAAAGAACCAUCCCAGCCAGUUGAACCUACUCAGCCUGCUCAACCUCUUCAACAAUCUACUCAAGAAUCGCAGCUUGGGGCAGAUACCAACGUGCCUGCCCCCGUACAGACGCCAGUACCUUUACCCUCGACACCGAAGCAAAGCAGAAUAAGCCGUGGGCACGAACCUGAGGAUGCCAUUGAAAUCGAAGACAGCGAAGACAGCGAAGACCAGGACGAUCAGGACGAUCAGGAUGACCAGGAAUCAGCCACGAGGAACAGGACGUCCAGGAAUAGACGACUACCGGCGAAGUUUAGGGAGGAGGCAUAG